CGCAAGAAGGAACCAGUCCUUUCUCUUUCUCUCUCUCCAUCGGGUGGACGACGAGACGACGACGGCGGCGAAGGAGGAGGAGGAGGAGGAGAAGAGCGAGGAAACCCGUCUGCGCGGCCACGCGACGCUAGGGGGCCGAGAGCCUGCAGCGGUCGCCGCGGCUGGAGCAUGAGGUGGCCGCGGCCCAUCUCGCCUGGCCGCCGGCUCCUCCCGGUCGUCGUGCUGUUCGUCGCCCUCUGCUCGAUCCCUGGGAUUUUUUCUCAGAGGCUCGUCACACUUGACAGCAUUGAUAUAUUUACUACUCAUGAGUGGUUCCCGAGUAAGCCAACUGUGUAUUUCCUUUGCAAUGGUGAGGACAAGGUGUAUUUGCCUGACGUGAAGGAUGCAAACAAUAUAUACACCUUUAAGGGCGAAGAAUCAUGGCAGCCCUUAACAGAACUUCCAGAAAAGAAAUGCAAGAGGUGUGGUUUGUACGAAGAGGAUACAUUUAAACAUGAUUUGUAUGAUGAAUGGGAGCUGUGUUCUAGUGAUUUCAAAAAAGGAAAAUACACCCAUUUCAAGGAGGGCCAGUUCAAUGCUACUUUCCUAUGCCCAAAUUGCACUGCCUCUGCGGGUGAUUCUGCAAACCAUGAUUCUAGCUCAGAAGUGGAAACUAAAAAGUCAUCCGUUACUGUAAUCAUAAUAGUCAGUGUUCUUUCUUCUGUCCUUGUUAUCAUUGCAUUAUUUGGGGGCUACAAGUACUGGCUGAAGAAGAAGAGGGAGCGGGAUCAGUUACGAUUCCUCAAACUCUUCGAAGAGGGAGACGACAUUGAAGACGAACUGGGCCUUGGCAAUGAACUCUGAACAGCACAUAUAGUUAGGUUCCUGAAGCUCUGUGGAGAGGGAGGUGACACUGAAGAUGAGCUGCCCCUGGCAAGGAACUCUUUCCAAAACAUCACGUACAGUCUGACCUGGGACCUUUUCAGAUGGAUUCUCCAUGUCAUGUAUAAAUGGACAGCUUUAGCUUAGAAAUUUUUGUUAUGUAGUGAUACACCAUAGUUUCUGAAUGAAUGAUUGACAAAAAAAUGUUCUUCAAUUCAUAGAAGUUUUCCCCAGA